GCCGCGGACAUGGCGCUGGCUCCGCUCCUGCGCUGCGGCGGCCGGCGGGCGCGGCUGCCGGGGUGGGACACACUGUGUUCAAGAUGGUGCCUUAUAACUUCACAUAAACUCUAUUCAUCUGUGUAUGAUCCAAAUGAAAAGACUUUUGAAAAACUGCUUAUUGCCAACAGAGGAGAAAUUGCAUGCCGAGUCAUCAAAACAUGUAAGAAGAUGGGGAUUAAAACAGUUGCCAUACACAGUGAUGUCGACGCUAAUGCUGUUCACGUGAAAAUGGCGGAUGAAGCUGUCUGUGUUGGCCCAGCUCCCACCAGCAAAAGCUACCUCAACAUGGAUGCCAUCAUGGAAGUCAUUAGGAAAACCAGGGCCCAAGCUGUACACCCAGGAUAUGGAUUUCUUUCAGAAAAUAAAGAAUUUGCUAGACGUUUGGCAUCAGAAGGUGUCACCUUCAUUGGACCUGACACACAUGCUAUUCAAGCUAUGGGAGACAAGAUUGAAAGCAAAUUGUUAGCCAAGAAUGCAAAGGUCAACACGAUCCCUGGCUUUGAUGGAGUAGUCAAGGAUGCAGAUGAAGCUGUCAGAAUUGCAAGGGAAAUUGGCUACCCUGUCAUGAUCAAGGCCUCAGCAGGCGGUGGUGGGAAAGGCAUGAGAAUCGCUUGGGAUGAUGAAGAGACCAGGGAAGGUUUUAGGUUUUCAUCUCAAGAAGCUGCUUCAAGUUUUGGUGAUGAUCGCUUACUGAUAGAAAAGUUCAUUGAUAACCCUCGUCACAUAGAAAUCCAGGUUUUGGCAGAUAAACAUGGCAAUGCCUUGUGGUUGAAUGAAAGAGAAUGCUCCAUUCAAAGGAGAAACCAGAAGGUUGUGGAGGAAGCACCAAGCACUUUUCUAGACCCUGAAACUCGAAAAGCAAUGGGAGAACAAGCAGUAGCUCUUGCCAAAGCAGUAAAGUAUUCCUCUGCUGGAACAGUAGAAUUCCUUGUAGACUCCAGUAAGAAUUUCUACUUCUUGGAAAUGAAUACUAGACUUCAGGUUGAACAUCCCGUCACAGAAUGCAUUACCGGCCUGGACUUAGUCCAAGAAAUGAUCCGUGUUGCCAAGGGUUACCCUCUCAGGCACAAACAGGCUGAUAUUCCCAUCAACGGCUGGGCGGUUGAAUGUCGAGUUUAUGCUGAGGACCCCUACAAAUCUUUUGGCCUGCCAUCCAUUGGUAAACUGUCUCAGUAUCAGGAACCAUUGCAUGUGCCAAGUGUACGUGUUGACAGUGGUAUACAACAAGGAAGUGACAUUAGCAUUUAUUAUGAUCCCAUGAUCUCAAAACUGAUUACCUAUGGCUCUAAUAGAGCUGAAGCACUGAAAAGAAUGGAAGAGGCUUUGGACAACUACGUAAUUCGAGGUGUGGCUCACAAUAUUUCUUUACUGCGAGAAGUGAUCGUCCAUCCAUGCUUUGUUCGAGGAGACAUCAGCACUAAAUUCCUUCCUGAAGUCUAUCCUGAUGGUUUUAAAGGACACAAGUUGACAGAUCUUGAGAGAAGACAACUACUGGCAACAGCAGCAUCUUUGUUUGUGGCUGAACAACUGAGAUCACAGCGAUUUUUAGGGACUCCAAGAAUUCCUAUUGCUAAAUCAAAGAGAAGUAGCUGGGAGCUCUCUGUGCAUCUAGGAGAUGGAAUUUACCCAGUUGCAGUUUCAAAGCAUGGCUCAUCAUUUUCUGUGGAAGUUGAUGGGAUGAAACUAAAUGUGACCAGCGAGUGGAACCUGGCUUCACCCUUGUUGUCUGUCACCAUUGAUGGCACUCAGAGGACCAUACAGCGGAUUUCUCGGAAUGCCUCUGGAGAGACCAGCAUUCAGUUUCUAGGCACAGUGUACAAAUUGCAAAUACUGACGAAGGUUGCUGCGGAGCUGAGCAAGUACAUGCCAGAGAAAGCAGCAGAGGACACCUCCAGCAUUUUGAGAUCUCCCAUGCCUGGAACAGUGGUGGCAGUUUCUGUCAAGCCUGGGGACAUGGUUUCGGAAGGUCAAGAGAUUUGUGUAAUUGAAGCAAUGAAAAUGCAGAACAGUAUGAUUGCUGCUAAAACAGGCAAGGUAAAAGCUGUGCACUGCAAAGCUGGGGACACCGUGGGAGAAGAAGAUCUGCUGGUGGAACUGGAAUGAAAGGUUGCCUCCACACUGUUGAAUUAACUAAGCCUUUAUUAUUUUUAUCUGUAAAGUAACAUUAAGACAAUUCAACACAGAAAACAGACAGUACUAUGCACAAGACUUUAUACAGGCAUAUUUACUGUAUCAGUGGUUAAGACAGCAAACACAGAUGUUAAAUCUUGGCAACAGAUCCCAGAUUUUUACUUCCAGAAAUACUUGUACAUAACCUUUGUAAUGCUUUGAUUUUUCAGGAUCAAAUAAAAUCAAUAAAAUACCA